UUGGAUCUACGGAAUUUACCCUGGACGCUUUUAUUUGAAAGAAAAUCCAAGCGGCGUCAAUGUCGCAGUGUACGGUGUUGUUUGUCCGGAAGCUGUUAUCUUCAUAUCGCAUUCGGUCCUGAAGGCUGAAGCCCACCACAAGAAGCUCCAUCAGUAGCCGAAAAUAUAGAAUGAAGGAAUGAAUCAAACGAUUGCAGCGCCAACUCCUUCAGCUUGCUUCGUUACUGAUAGAGGCAGUACCUUUCUGCAAUUCAAAUUGAACCAUAAAGCCAUGGUGAUUACCAUGAAAGACAGAAGCAAGAAUCGGAAGCCGCUGCAGAGAGGCAGGAAUCUCAGCAUCGAAGCAAUUCAAGCCGUGCAGGCCUUGAAGCGAGCCAACCGCAACACUUGCAAAAAUCCCUUGCCGGAAUUGGAGCGCGUCUUUGACUCCAAGUUCCGGCGCUUAUUGAAGUUCGAUAUGAUGGCUGUUCUCCGGGAACUCCUCCGGCAAAACGAAUGCCUUUUGGCUCUCAAGGUUUUCGACGAAAUUCGAAAGGAGGUCUGGUACAAGCCUCAGGUCUUGUUAUAUGCUGAUAUGAUUGCAGUGUUUGCCAGCAAUGGGUUGUUUAAAGAGGCUGAGCUUCUCUACUCAUAUUUGAAAACAGAAAGCAAAUUAGAUCAAAACAUCGAGGGUUUCAAUGCUCUAUUCAAUGCAUUGAUAAAUUUUAAGCUCACUCAACUCGUGAUGGAUUGCUAUGGUUUGAUGAAAGCUAUAGGGUGUGAACCUGAUAGAUCAUCAUUUAGAAUACUCAUAAACGGUCUAGAAUUGACAGGCGAAACAGGUUCUUCAGCAAUUUUAAGACAGGAUGCUCAGAAAUAUUAUGGUGAAUCUUUGGAGUUCCUUAAGGAGGAAGAAGAGGUUACAGCUAGCUAUUAACUUAUUUGGUAGGACAACUGAUUAAUCACUGUUUGU